ACAAAUAAUGUGACAUGGACAGAUAUGAGCGAUAAAGAUAAUAGCAAAAUCCCAAGAACCACCUCUGAACUGAUCGAAACGACGGAGUUAUCUGCUCCUGAGCAUCUCGAAGAUCAGAAUGUUCGAGCAGUCACGCACAGAGAGGCGUUUUUGGAACUGAUAAACGAAGAAAGAACGCCUAAUUUAGUAACUACUUCACAGCCGAACUUGAGAAGUCCAUAUAAUGAAUUGGCUAGUUACAAAAACACAGCUUGCGGGAUCAUCAAUUCAACGAGCGCAAUGCACAACGAGAGCUACGUGCAGAAAACCGAAUCAAAGAUAUCUUUGUCUCAAAUUCCUCCAUCUUAUUCCACUGUAUUGAAACUGGGACCUCCGAUUACCAUUUUCAAUUCGAGAACGUACGCAUCCGUACCAUUCAUAGCCAGGCCACCACCGCCAUCCUACGCAGAGGUACAUGGGUGGGACGAUAACCCCAGCAUCGUAUCAUCUGAUUCAAUGUUAUUUGGGCCAGGACCAACCUACCUCACCUGUCCAAGAUGCAGGACAGUCAUUAUAUCGGACGUACGGCCAGAACACUCCUGUUUGUCGUACUUAACCUCAUUUAUACUGUGUUUGUGCCUGUGCUGGCCCUGUUGUCUCUUACCAUUCUGCCUAAGAGCAUGCAGCAACGUGUAUCAUUACUGUCCACGAUGUAACACCUAUUUGGGCGUGUACAAACCUUGUUAACGGGGAAUUUUUUGGUUUAGAACAUAGACUUAAAAUAAAAUAUAGACUACACUAUUUACAUCUCAACGCGGUCAAACAAUCUUUUUUGUACACAUGUUUACUUCUGGGUACAGUCGACCGAGCCUUCC